AUGGAUGUUAAUGAGUGUGCGAUAGAUACAAGUCUCUGUAACAAUGGAAGAUGUAUCAACUCGGAUGGAUCAUACAAUUGUGUCUGCAACACUGGAUUCACAUUAGUGAAUGAAAAUUCUUGCAAUGUUCAGUGCGAUCAAUCAAAUUGCCAGAACGGUGGGGCUUGUACUUCUCCUGGACAGCCUUGUGAUUGCCCAGCUGGAUUCACAGGAGACCUUUGCCAGAAUGCUCCUCAAGGAUUGUCGGAUAUAGCAAUCAUUGGGAUUGCUUUCGGAGUUUUUGGUUUUGUUUGCGUCCUCGUAAACUGUGUCUGCUGCGUUUUCAUACAAGGUGCCAGACGAAAUAAAGGAACAAAUUCAAUGCUCAAUGUAGGACGGUAUGAGGAUCGAAGUAGACGAGAUAGAGGCUUCUACAGAAACGAGGGGCAAUAUGGUGUUGGUCAAGAAUUGUAUCGACUGGGAGGAACUGAUGCGCCGCCUCGCGGUGAUCGCAAUUUCAGGAAUAUCUACUUGGCAGAUGGGAGAGAAAUGAACAAUAGUGUGGUUCGAAAUCCAAUCCAUUAUUGAUCGAUCACCAGAGAACUAACCUACGGACAAAGAACGAAUAUGACAACGGAACUCAAAACAAAAAAAGUUAGUGAAUUAGUUACAUACUUCUUAUGGAUAGAUGGGUUUUCUUCUGGAUAUGCUAAAUAUCAAAUUGUAUACAAUCAUGGUCUACUUGUAUUUGACCGAUUGACUGAUUUAAUUGAUGUUCUCCUGCUAAUUCUCUGUUAGAAACACUUAUAUUAAUUAAGGUCUUAUUUGCAUUAGUGACCCAUUGACUGAUUGAACUGAUGUUAUCCUGCUAAUCUCUGUUAGAAACAAUCAUGGUAUUAGA